AUGUCUGCACUCUCGACGCCGGGCGGCGGAGGUACUACGGCGCAGAGCAAGCCGACGUCCGGCAAGCAAAAAUAUCAGAAGUUGGACAUCAAUAGUUUAUACUGUGCCAAUAGGAACGAAAGCUCUGAACCGUCCUCAGUCAAGUCUCAACUUAGCCGCAAACAUGGAAUGCAAAGUCUUGGAAAAGUUCCAUCUGCUCGGCGUCCACCAGUAAAUUUACCUUCUUUGAAAACAGAAACAGGACAAGAUUCAAAUACCAACUCUGUUUCUGCUAUUACUACAGCUGUAUCUACAUCAGCAACAUGCACUUCCCAAACAACAGCACCUACACAGAACAGUGGUGUGGUUGCGGGCACAGCUCCAGGAGGAUGGGUGCCACUGCCACCCCCUUCCUCACCUCAUUUCCGCACAGAGUUCCCAUCUUUGGAGGCUGCCGCUCAACCCUCACACCGUUCUUCAGAUCAUUCAGCUGCCCAACCACAGCUACGACCACAAACGGAAGGCAGCUGGACGUCCGGUGGGACGGCAGGCGCUCGCCAAGAAACUACCUCCUCUCCCGCCGCCGCUCCCGCCUCCACGCCUGCUUCACAGCAAACGCCCGCUUUCCGCGCAAUUCUGCCAUCCUUCCUGAUGAAAGGUAGCACUGGCAGUGGGCUCGGGCUGGGCACAUUGGGUAGUCUUCGUGACAACCGAGGCAGCGGCGGUGCUGGCGGUAGCAACAACGCAAAUAGCGGCAAUGCGAGCUCACGGUCAAUGCCUCGGCCGCCCGCUACACCCCGAGCCGUAGAGGUUUUAACUGCACGUCCCAUUUUACGGGAUGAACAAAUAUCUUCGCUCGACGACAUUUCUCGUGAUGCAGGAUGGGCUCAACACGACGAUAUUGAUUACGAUCAAAAAUUGGAUUUUUCGGAUGGUGAAUCUGCUCCGACAAGUAAAUCCAGUAACAAAAAUAGUAGCAGCCGUGCUAGUAUAGAUAAUGAGCGUAUGGAUCCAAAGAUUCAGGAUGGUGAUGAAGAUCAAUUAUGGGCCGAGAGGCGACAAAAACAAAACAAUGAGGUAGCACAAGCUGUUGCACGAGCACGGCAACGUAAAGAGGAAGAGCAGAGACGUCAAAUGCGUGAUAUGACAACUCCAAAUCAACUUUCUAAGGAAAAUCGUAAUGCAGAUCACAAGGGAGAGCGUAUUGACAAGGAUCACAGGGACAGGGAUUCUAAUUCAAGAGAAAAAGAAAGACUAGAAAAUAGAGAACGGGAACGGGUAGAUAACAGGGAAAAAGACCGAAUGGACAUUCGUGAUAGGGACACAAGAGAUAAAGAACGAGGAGAUGUACGAGACAGGGAACGUAUAGAUACUAGAGAUCGUGACCGCAAUGACAACAGAGAUCGAGAUCGCGAAUGUAACGAUAAUAGGGAUCGAUUUGAAACUCGUGACAGGGUACGCGAUUCGGACAGGGAAAGACAUGACAACCGUGACAGAAAUAGAAACGACAACAGGGAGCGUCCAGAUAAUGAUAAGGAUCGAUUAGACGCGCGCGACCGAGAUCGUAAUGACACUAGGGAUCGUAUAGAUCGCGACAGGUUUGAUAGAGAUAGGGAGCGUGGCGAUAGAGAGCGUGAUCGGGACCGAGAGCGUGAUCGUGAUCGUGACCGUGACCGAGACCGAGAACGUGAUCGUGAUCGGGACCGUGGAGACCGAGACCGAGGAGACCGUGAUCGGCCCGAUAGGGACAGAUCGGACCGUGAUCGCGAUUUUAGAGAACGAGAUUACGGACGGGAUCGAGAUCAAGCAAACAGCGCGUUCUCUAAAAAUUUUCAGGCUAAUAUACCACCACGCUUCUUGAAACAGCAACAGCAACAAAAUCGUCAGCAAGAGGAACAGCAUAAGGGAUGGGCAUUUACAGGCAAAGCGGCGCCCAGACGCCAAGACCCGCCUUCUUAUAACGCCCCGCGCCAUGCUGGUCAUAGCGGUCGUCGAUCUUAUUCCAGGGACUAUUCUGAUCGUGAAGAUGAAUUACGCAGAGAUAAAGAAUCAACAGGACCUCAGUGGCGAUCUGAAAUGCAAGAUUAUGAAAAGAGUAACCGAGAAAUGGACAAGUCAAGUUCUAAAGAGUAUGAUAACAAAGAUAGAAGGAAUGAAUCUGAAAGAAAACCGAUGGACGGCCAUAUUGAACAAAGCAGCAGAACAGCUGCUGAUAAAUUAACUGAAGUGUUUGAAAGGAAAAGUAUUGGCCUUGUAGAACCAUUUGCUGCUGUAAAUGUCCCUGUGCAAUCGCAAGCUCCAGAAAGACGUCCUACGCCACCUUCGAAUGUAUCUCAUCGUGAAUCAUCAGAAAAAGACUAUAGUAAAACCUCAUGGGCAGAAGUCACUCAAGAAGAGCAAACCAAUUAUUUAUCUGCGAAAAAAUCAGCAGAAAAUGACGGCUCGUCGAAAGAAAAGGAGCCAGCAUCGAAGGAACCUAUUUCGCAUCUUGAAAACAAAGAUAUUAAUACUCCCUCAUCACAAGCUAUUUCUGGUCCAAAUCCACCCACAAAUGCCGUACCCAUUAAUGUUACGGCUCAAUCUAAUGUAUCACAAGCACAUGGGAAUAAUUUGACUAGUAACCUAUCAAAUGGACAAAAUGCAGCUGUAAAUCAACUGCAGGCUCAAGUGGACUUUGGAAUGAACAAUUACACAAAAUUCCUGUUAAAGACCCUAUUGAAAGAAAAUCAAGUGGAUCAGGAUCUGAGAAGAAAGGUCGUCGAGCGUAUGGAGAACAUGAUAGUACUGGUUAUAUUUACAAUCGUUACCAUCCAAGAGAACCUCGUGGACGACGUUCACAUCGAAGCUCCCGUUCUAAAAAUAGAGCCAGCGAAUCUGAUGCAUCCACGGAUGGCGCACCUAAUGCUGAACGAAAAGAACGUCGCCGGGCCCCACGAAGCCCUCGCGGACCUAAAAAGCCUGAGAGAUCUGAAGGGUGCUUCUAGACCUCCGGCUCCUGCAAAACGAGUUACUGGCUAUGGACCACCCAAUACUAAGAGUCCUUUCAGUCAGGCAAACAGGGCCAAUAAAGAUAAUGAUGACAUUAAAGAUAAUGUUCAAGAUGAUCGAGGAAAAGGUAAUAAACCACGCACUGGGUCAUCGAUAGGUAGAGGUCGUGAUCGUCGCCCCAAAGGAGCUGGUCCUCUAAGCGGUGAAGACGAGAAUUGGGAGACGACAUCAGAACAUUCCGAGGGCGGCGGCGCUGGCGCCGGUCGUCGAUCUAUUGGCGGUAGACAAUCUGGACAACCACAAACGGGGCCCGGGGGUCGCAAUCAAACGUUAGGUAAUCGUCAGAAUAAUCGCAACGGUCAGGGAGGCAAAAAAGAUGGGGGCAUUGAUGGGAAAAAUGCGGAUUUAACAGAGGCUAUAAGUGAUCUUAAGAUAUCGUCAAUUGGUAAAAAAGACGACGAAAUAGUCGACGACGGUUUUCAAGAAGUACGAAAUAAGAAAAAUUCCAAAGACCUUAGGGGACCGACGAAAGAUGAAAAUCAACACGUUUCCAAGCAGCCUAGGUCUCGUUCUAACCAGGGUGGAGGCAGAAAUGGCUCGUCAACAAGAAACUCAAACGACAAAGCGAACACCCGCGGACAGGCCCCAGCAGCUGGCAAAUCCAAUGCGCAAUACGAUAGACCGCGCCAAGCGAAUCUGGCACCUCGAUUUGUAAAGCAAAGGCAAAAACAACAAUUGGGUCUGAUGUCUACGUUCAGCCCUGAUACGGGAGCUGCACCGCCUCCGCCGACAGUGAAUGCAUGGGACAAACCAAUCUCACAGACUUUACGUGGGAAUGUUGAAGAUUCUAUUGAAGUGGUUGAUAACAAAUCAAGUCAAUCAAGCCAACGAAGCACUCCUGGGGAUGCGCAAACUGACAACCUGACAAAAACAACUCCUACUCCAUGCACAAUUGUUACGGAAAAAGCUGGAGUUUUGGAUGGCACAACUCCACCUGUCGAAACUAUUAUUUUUGAAAAUACAAACUACAAGACUGCUCCCCCAGCUGAGGCUUUAAAACAAAAAUAUCAACCUAGUGCAGCCUCUGCCAAAACUCAGGGCGAUGAAGUACCGGCUGAGAUGGACGCAAGGUCAAUAACUUUUAAUGGCGAUGUAAGACCACGGCCGAGAUCUAUACAAGAAAUAAUGGCUGAUAAUGGUAGGCCAGCCACCGACACCGAGAGUUCUCUAAGUCUUCCGAUGUCUUUUGACACGUCACAGAAGACUGAGGACUCCUCUGAUAUGAAACUUGAUUUUGCAUUUGACUCUGAUUUAGGACAACUCGAAGAUAAAUCGGCUAAGUCGCUCGGUUUGCCACGCAGCACACAUAUGAGUACUGCAAACACCAUCUCCCCUCUAGCUGCAGAUCUCAAUUUAAAAAUCGCAAGCGUCAAAAAAGUGUGGGAGAUGCCUGCUGUGGCUGAAGGUAGUGAAGAAUUGCAAUUUUCAGGGUUUGAAGAAACAAAUACUGAAACUGGUGCUCCUCCGAAUGUAUGUAAAGUUAAACCAACUCAACAAUUACAAUCACCUCCUCCGCAACAUUACAAUCAUAUGGGAUAUCAAGGCGGAUACGGAGGCCUAUCAGUAUCCUCACCUCCAGCAGUUCUCUUCAAUUCAUCUCAACAGUUGCUUGGUUCAUCUCAGCAAUUGCCACAGCAGGGUGGGCUAUAUGGAGCGUUUUUAGAUCAGAGUCGUGGACAAUUUGGAGGAUUCCCUGGUACUCCAUAUGGGGCUGGUUCGGCAGCUCCUUACAAUUACCAGCCCCCACCUGAUAUGUUCCAGAGUCUUCCAAGUCAAUACCGUAUGGCGGCUGCUGCUGGCGGCGGAGCCGCAUUUGGACAAUCUGGGCAGUUGGGCAAUAGUCCUAAUACUGUCCUCAUCUCCAGCACUUCCAACUCAUUAAUGUCUGCUACUGUUAAACCGUCUUCGCAGCAAAUAGGCGCGAUAGGCAGCAAAGGAGGUGGCGUUGGUGGCGUCGGAGGCGUCGGCGGUGUGAACACGUACCAACAGCAGUUUCUGGGCUAUUCGGGGCCCGUCGGUGAAGCGCCUUACUCGCUCCCGGGCCUGUUGCCUCGACCUGCGCCACCUGCCAGCUCGUACUACUCGCCCUAUCAGCCGCCGACUGCACCAGCGCCGACUUACCCCUUGCAGUUUACGCAACCCGCCCAAUCGGGCAAUGCAUUUGGCUCGCAGUUCCUCACAUCGCAGCUGCAAGUGGCCGCUGCCGUGCAGCAGAUGCAGCAGCAGUAUAGGGCACCGCUGCAGCAGCAGUACGCGCCGCCGCAGCCCCGGCCGCCGCCGCAGCCGCAGCUCAAGAGCCCGUUGCACGAGCACGCGAACGGAUUCGCAACUCUGUGCGACGCCGCCUCGCCGACGCCGAAGGGCGCCGCGAAGCCGCAGAAGCCGCCGCACUCGCCGCCGCAGCACAAGUACCACGCGCCGCCACCUUCGCACACGCCGCACCAGCACCAUCAGCAGCAUCAGCAGCAUCAGCAGCAUCAGCAGCACCAACAGCACCAACAGCACCAACAGCACCAGCAACACCAGCAGCACCAACAGCACCAGCAGCAUCAACAACACCAGCAGCAUCAGCAGCAGGUGCGCUACUCUCAGAUGAUUGGAGGCAACAACGGGCGCUGCGGCGGCGGCAUGUCGCGCGGAGGGCCGGCGGCGCCUCGCUACCCGGCGCCUAUCCAGCGGCCGCACGCGCCCGUGAUGCCGCUCUACCGCGCGCCCCCCGCACCGUCGCGGCCCCACCACGCGCCGCAACGCAACAACCUCUAUUACCAGCACCAGCAGCGUAACGGCGGAGGGGGCGUCGAGCGCGCGCCGGACGCGGUCGAGUCGGCGGCGGCGGCCGAGGAGCCGUCCGAGGCGGCGGCCCCACCGGACGCGCCGCCCGCCGCCGAGGAUAUAUGUAAAAUCGCGAACGGUCGACGGCUUCGCGCGACUGACCGGAGUUUCGAGGGGACUCCGCGUCCGACUGACCGAUGCUGCCUCGAGACCUCUCAC